UUCCUAAAUUCUUACCAAAACGAUCCUUUCAAAGCUUGUAAAAAUAACAAAGUUCCCAUUAAUAUAUUUUUGGAUCAGUCUCCUAAUACUUCAUUUAAAUUAUUCAAUAAUCUUACUCUCUCUACCACUUCUUGCCUUAAAGUAUUAGAACCUUCAACUAAAAAAGGGUCACGCCCUAUUUCUCCAAUUACUAUUCCCCCGGUUGAGCAAGAUAAUGUAUCUAAACCUUUUGAGGAGUUGGAAUACUACGCGUCCCAACUUAAGACUCAAUUAAGUGGGUCUGUUAAAAAAAUUGUAGAAAAAUUAAAUUUUCCUUCUAACAGUUCGUCUAAUCCUCCCUUGGUUACAACAUCAGACAAAAUUAGUAUAGAAUUUUCCCAACCCUUGUCCUUAAACUAUAUACGAAAAGAAUUGUCUUUAGCUUUCUUAAAUUUUAAAUUCUCUCUGUUGGUUCACUAUGAAGAACUUAUUUUAAAAAGUGAAACAUCAUUAUCUCUAAAUAGAACUACAGUUAAUAAUAAUUUCCCAGACUCUUUUAAUAACCUGCAAAAUUCUUUAGGUACUACUACCCAGUAUAAUAGAAUAGUUUCCCCAUUCAUUUAUGUGUCGGCCUGGAAACAUAAAGUUUCUGAAUAUCAGUUCAAUGAAAAUGAUUCUGAUGCUGAUGAAAUAAUCGAUGAAAAUGUAAAACCAGAUCUUCGUGGGUAUAUUUCUAAUAAGAUUAGUAAAGAAGAAUUUAGUCCUAUUAAAGAUAUAUUUGACUAUUACUAUGGAGAGGAAGUUGGUAGACAAAAUACUUUUAAUAUAGGUCCUCUCGAAAGUUCCUUUGAUCGUAUAGAUAUUGACAUUGUGGGUCCACUUCCUAUAACUUCAACCAAUAAAAGGUAUAUUGUGGUUGCUACUGAAUACCUUACUAAGUGGCCUGAUGCUUGUACCCUUGAAUCUGCUGAUGCUGAAAAUGUCGCAAUCUUUAUUUACGAGGACUUAAUCUGCCAACAUGGCAGCCCAAAUGAAAUACUUUCCGAUAGAGGCACCCACUUUUGUAACAAACUCAUUACCGGCCUUUGCAAAAAGAUAAGUAUAACUUAUCAUACUUCUAUAGCAUAUUAUCACCAAACCAAUAGUUUGGUUGAACGUUUCAAUAAGACUUUAUGUGAAGUCUUAA